AGAACAAAACGAAGGAUUCCAUUCUUGUUUUCAGUUCAUCCCAAUGCCUGUGCUUUACGGCGUCUUCCUCUACAUGGGUGUGUCGUCCCUCAGAGGAAUUCAGUUCUUCGAUCGCUUGAAGCUGUUCUGGAUGCCGGCGAAACACCAGCCGGAUUUCAUCUACCUGCGGCACGUGCCCUUGCGAAAGGUGCAUUUCUUCACCGCCAUCCAGCUGAUCUGCCUCGUCCUGCUCUGGGGCAUCAAGGCGUCCCGUGCCGCCAUCAUCUUUCCCAUGAUGGUGUUGGCUCUCGUUUUUGUGCGCAAAGUGAUGGAUUUCUGCUUCUCCAAGCGAGAGCUCAGCUUUCUGGAUGACCUGAUGCCAGAAAGCAAGAAGCAGAGGUUGGGCGACGCCAAAACCAAAGCCCAAGAAGAAGAGGAGUCCCAGAAGAUGAUGGAAGCUGCUGCUGCAAAUUGCGUUCAGCUGGAACUGGGGGAGACCAGCGGCUUGGAUAUCCCACAGCAACCCAGUGACAGGGCUGAUCCUUCGGAGAUUAAUAUCUCAGAGGAGAUGUCCAACAUGACCGUGUGGAAGGCGCUGACGAUGAAGAGGGAAACGCUCUGACUCUGGGGAGGAAAGAGGAAUGUUGACUCUGAAUGAGGGGAGUGAGAACGUGACUGCGGGAUGUGCCGACGCAGGCCCGGGGAGAAACCGCUUCCCUUCAGCCGGAGGAUUCCCAUUAAAGCCAUGCAGAUGUUGUCGGUUACCCUGGGUGUGCUUCAGGCGUUCAGUAUCCCCAGAGCAGCAAACUGAGGGGCGCGUCACAGUCCGUGGGAGCUGGGUGUUGUUACGCCUCCGUGUGUACGUGCGUGUGUUGGUGCGGUUUUGUAGUGGUCGAGGGGCUGCUACCGCUCCCUCAUUCAGGGCUAUUUUUUCAGUCUCCAAUUCCUCCUCGCCUUUCUCUUUUCUCCAAAUAUAAACUCUGAAUGUACACAAACA